CCUUAAAAAAUAGGGUUUCGGAUUGGUAGCGGUGGAAGCGGUGGAGAGUUUCGUGGAGUACCAUUUUGUCCUUCAGUCCAAGAUAUCUCCAACUGCACUACAGACAGUGGUUAUACUGCUACGGGGCGUCUUCUACACGAUCAAUGAGGUGUUUAAUGAAUAUUCCACACACAGUUGGCUAUGCCGUUUCAUGUCGGUUCAUCGAGUAUUCUGAGUACCUUAGACCCAGAUUUAAUAGAAGAUGGAAGAGCUGACAUUUACAAAUGGAGUGAAACUAGACGGUCCAAAAGAAAAGGAAUUGAAGGGAGACUCUACCAAUUUAAGAAACUGUUCAUUGAUAAAAGUAUUUUACGCACUUUUGUAUAUAACCUUACAGUUAUCCUUUUUCUUCAAAUGGUUUUAGCAGCACUUGGAACAUUUAUGUGUCAGAAGUUAAGACUUGACUUUGAUGUGCACAUGAGUAUUUUUGUUUCACCAAUUGUGUUCCCUUUGGCCUUUUCCAUUAAUGCUGAUUUCCAGCGGCGUGAGAGAGUUCUUGAAGACCUAGCACAGUUCAAAGGUGCUCUCUUGAUAUUGUUUUUCUGCCACAGGGAUUGGCUUCAAUCAGCAGGUUUACCCAAAGACUUUUUAAAAACAGUAAAUAACAAGUUGAAAGGUUUGGUGUUGAAUAUCAAGGAAUAUUUAUUAACUGAGAAGCACAUGAGGAGGAACUUUAUUCUCUCAGUUAUUUAUGAAGAUUUGAGUGACAUAAGCCAGUUGAAUGACAAGAUGAGAGUUUCAAGUCUGCCACACAAUGAGCCUUUAAUAACCAGACUAAUUCAUUAUCACAACCUCAUGUGUCACGCAUUUGAAAGACUGCGCGUGAUAAGGGAAUACCGAUCUCCACGGACCAUCCGCUCGUUCACAAAAGUAUUUAUCUUCCUUAUGCCCAUCGUUCUCUCUCCGUACUAUGUUCAUAUGGGUAUCAAGUCAGGUAACACGUGGAGCCCGUAUUACAUUGCUGUGUUGACAUCGUUCAUAUUUGGAACAUUACAAGGAGUUCAAGAUGUCUUAGAUGAUCCGUUUGACGGCAUUAGCGAGGAUGAUAUCAACCUUGGACCGCUGGAAGACUGGACGUGUCAAUCGCUCCUCACAAACAGAACGAUCACAGUCGGCCGCUUUACAGUGACAACAAAAGGACAGGAGAACAGGAAAAUGGAGCUUAGUGAUGAUGAUGAUGACGAGGGACUUAGCCCCAUGCCCACUCGUCCCGUCAAGGUGCCACACAAACGGAAGCCUAUCCUUAGAAAACCGAGCUUCCGUAAAGUGGAGCACGGUGAAAAAUCUGAUCAGGCCCAGGCCCAUCGAAACGCUUCUCUCUAUCCAGCAGCCGCUUCUCGCAUAGAGAACCUGACCCGUCGUGGGCUUACCGGAAGCACUACGAUUCUCCCGGGGAUGAAGUUAAAAAGAUCAAACAGUGAUACCUUGAUGGCGAACGCCUCGAGCGCGUCGCUAGCCCAGGAAUUUUCUAGAGCUCAAGAAGUAGACGGAAGUAAACGCGACUCAAAGAGGGUGAAAUUCUCAAAAGAAACCCAGGGUUGGUGUGGUGGUGAUGAUGAAUCUGAACACGAUGACAGCAUUUUAGUUUCACCUAGGAGCCUCUCCGAUCCCUUAAAAUACUCGCGACUGACUUGGAUGUCCGAUGAGAACGAGCCGUUGAUCUCACUGGACAGCAGGUCUGGUUCUUCGGACAUGGGAACUAGUGUUCUUAAUACACCUGAGAGGGAGAGAAAGAACCUUGGUGCAGACUUCUACGAAGGACUCAGUAAGUCUCCUGGUACAAGCUUAGUCGAUGGUCGUAAGUCGAAGAAACACAACAAUCCACCUUUAGCAAAUUUGUUUUCGGUAAAUUCGGUUGAGUCUGUUGAUUGUGCUGACGAACCAGUUCCUUCUCAGCCAAGUCAAAGUCAACCGAUAUCAAUGCCUUCAUCCCUACAAAACUUAUUUGGUCCACCCCAAAAUCAAAAGCCAGAAAAACCCCCCUCUGGUAGCAAGUCAUUUUCCUCUGAAAGACCACGCCCGCCCGCUCUUCCGAUAUCGCCCUUGGCACGUGAAAAAGAUUUAUCUGGUUCUGGUUCUUUUCCUGCACCUCGGGUCAGCCGUUCGGCUCCAUGUUCACCAGAACAAGGAAGAAGGAACUCCGUGCGUCAGAUUUCCUACCCAAUGGCCCCCUCACCUGAAAAUGCAGCUGCGCUUCCCUCAAAAACUCGCCCACCGAAAGCGUCAGCAAUUAUUCCGCUCAGGAAAAAUUCCAGCGAUUCACCCUCUGGAAAUUCCAGAUUUGCGGUCGAUACUGCAUCACGGACUCCUUCCGCUGAGGAAGUAGAUUCACCGUUUCCACCUUCCAGAAGGAAAUUGUCAUCUGGGAGUUCAAGAUUUUCGGUUAGCCCUGAUCCGCAGGCCCCUGUAUCAAACAAUUCAGCGCAAGUUGCACGGGCUCCUUUGGCAUCUGAAAAUUUUUCCAUAGAUACCCCUGCACCUUCCAAACCUGUGGAUACGCCGAGAUCGAGGUUCAAUGUUGCAAAAACGUCAAACAAUGUUAACAGUUCUGAAAGGGAGGACAAACCCCUUGUGACGUCAAGUGUCCCAAAUUAUGGGGUGACGGACACCUCGCCUCCGUCGAGAUUCAAAGUGAACAGUCCACAAAAAAUAUCACAAGAGGCUGGGCAACAGAGCGAAGAUGAAGGGGAGCAGGACUCGUUUCAGCUCUUAACUGUUGAUGGAGAUAGUACAGAGGUUUUCAUUUAGUACUGUAAAGAGUCUGGUACUAGUCAAACGAGAGAUAAUGGCUCGAUUGGGAUCAAAAUGGACGCCGUGGCCUGGGUAGGAAGACUAAAAAAAGUCUUCUUAAACGAUGACCUUGAUUUCGUUCAAAAGAUGAUUGGCUUGUGGUUUGUUUCACCAUGACAACGUUCUUCGCUUCUUAGUGUACAGGGAACAAUUCCUCAGUGGCCUCUGAGUACUUUGGUAAUAUCAACUAAGUUAAAAUUGAAAAUUAAUUGGCCACCGUAGACAGUUAAAAAGCUGAUGUUUUGAGCGUUAGCCCUUCGUCAGAGCGUCGUAGCGUUAGAGCCUCUGAGUACUGUUUGGUCAUCACAGGGGUAUACUGAAAGUUUUUUCUUUCUCCCCCCUCCCACCCCGUGGGGAGGCUCAUGAGAACGUUUAUAAUAGUCCGCCACAAACGUUUUUACAUUAAUUUGAGUCGGGUUGAAAUCACUCGGGUGAUGAAAGUUCCAAGUUGCCUUUUUCUUGGUCGAAAAAUUUGUUUACGAAACUUUUCUAAAAAGUUAUGAAUGCUGAUUACAACAAAAUUGACAGAUGUUUAUGCAGACAUGUCUUCCGUUUUUAAGCGAUAGGUAAAAGCAAUGUAGGAGAUAUUUUUUUUAUACUUACGCUAUUUCAAACCAUUUCAUUAAUCUCAUCAAAAGCGUGGCUAUUUUAUCUUGAAGUUGUAAUAAAAUGUAAAACUAAAA